GACAUUUCUCUAAAAAAAAUUCUCGUUUUAGACUUCUAAUUCGUGACUGGUGUUUUGUUUUGUUCUAUCCUUUACGCUUCCGCGUUCAUCAUUGCAUUGUGCAUCAUGUUAAGUGUUACUCUUUUGCGGUAAAUGCGCACGGCCGUCUGCCUGAAGACGUAAGGUUAAAUAUAUCAUUUUGGUGAUCAAAGAUGAGUUUUAAGUGAUAAAAUUAUUGACUACAGGGGAACUUUAAGCUUUCCUCGGGUUCUAACAGGUGUAAAUGCAUAAAGGGAAAUAAGUAACACUGGUUUAGUCUCUUUAGUUUAGUUAGUUUAGUUUAAUCUUAUUACUAUGAACUCAGUUUAUGAAGUUUGACUGCCAGAAAGUUUCUAAAAUAGUUUUUGUGAAAUGUGUUGAUUAAAAAUGUACUUUAUUUCUCUAAAACAAAUGGCACUUCAUAUUCGUACAAAAAAUGUGGCUUAGGGGCAAUUGACGCAACUUUGUGGUUAAAAAACGUGAGUCGCAGGUCACUGGAAUGAAAAAAUCAUGAGGUCUAGAGUUGAUUUUUAAACUUUGAGCUUAUUUUAAUAUUAAGUUAAAGACAUUGGUCUAACGCGUUAACAUAGAAAAAACUAUCGAAAAAUUAGCGCAGUACAAUGGAAAAACACAUUCUAUGUAAGUGGCCCUAAAGUGUCCAAGUGUUUUUUUUUUUUUUUUUUUUUUGUGCUGUGUCCCAGGUGAUGUUGAACAGUCCGAAGGGCAUUGCAGAAGAAAAAAUAAAGAUGGCUGAGAAAGAGAAAGCUAGAAUAGAAAGAGAGAGCAAGAUACCAGCCAAAACUAACAGUGCCAAUGGUACUGGUGGGACACCUAUACACGUCAGCACACUACAGGUUGUGGAAAACCGCAGUAAGAAGGUGUGCACUUCUAAAUCAGAUCUGCGCUCAAAUGAUUUCAGUAUUGUCGGUUCUCUCCCGCGAGAUUUCGAACUCUCAAACUUCGACUGUUACGGCAAGCCCAUAGAGGUCACAGAUGGCUCCGGAAAAUCACAGAACAAGAACAACAAGAAGCCUUCACCUCCGAAACCCGUCAUUCCUUCCGCUGCUAAACGGGUUGAUCUCUAUGCACGCGCUCUGUUCCCUUUCACUUUCCUCUUCUUCAAUGUUAUUUACUGGUCUGUCUACCUGUAACCAUCACAAAGUGUGUGUGCGUGUGCAUUUAUGUUGAUGAGGGCGAUGAUUAAGCAUGAACAAAAUGUCGAAAUGUUCAUCCUUUGAUGUCGGUUAAUAGUCCUGCUUAUUUGUGUCUCUCUUCGUAAGUCGCUUUUUGAGAUGUGUGUCUUUAAUACGAGCAGCAUGACUUUACAGACAGUGUGUGUUCAGCCAUGUUUGGCUAAGCUGCUAGAUAGAGUCCCAUGCCAACACUUCAGUAAAUAUCGGUUGUUUAGAAACUCAGGCAAGAAUGUGCUUAUGGAAUAAAGGACUGUAUAAGAUCUGGACAAAGACAGCAUGCAGUUUUGCAAAUGGGCUUAUUGCAUUUAAGUCUGUGAUGAAAAGGGAUUAAACUGCUGUUGAGCCAUACAAUAAAGGUCCUUUAUCAACUGCAUUCUCUUGUCUAUAUUAUUUUGGAUAAUCAUAUGUUUGCAUCAUUGACAUUCUGUUCAGGGAUUGGUUAGAAACUUCUCAUAUUAAUUUAGCAACUUAAAACAACAUUAAUUCAAACUUUUUUGAAGAUCAUUUCAGUCAAAAUCUAAUACUGUACUGUAUAUGUGCUUUAAUAAAAUGCUCUACAUAAAUCGUAACCAACUGCAAUCAUGUUGUAAUAUUUCCAUACUGAAUUACAACUGGUUGUCCUCUUUCAUACAUCUAUUUGCAUUCUAAAUUAAUCACUCCUGUCUUGCAUUUAGCCAUUUUUAGCUGCCUUUACACUGCGCUGAAUCUUGUGUGCAGCCGCCUGAAAACAAGACACAUGAUCACUGUCAUGACAACGGCUCUGCAGCAUUUUAUUUUAUGCAGAAAGACUAGAUUAUAUAAAAUUGUACAUUAUUACUGCCUAGCAAGCGCUGGUAUUUCCUUUAGGAGAUGUAUAGAUGAAUACUAAAUGAAUACAUACUCUUUGUGUUUGAAGGACUGGGCUUCAUCUGUGGACAGAUUACAUUCAGCAUUAUUUAUUAUUUUCAUCGUUCCUUUGUCUGGCUUUGUUAAUGUAAUCGUGUAAAAAGUUUGUGUUUCUGUUUAAGUUUAGUUCAUGUCAAAGUCUUUGUUUAUUGUACAUUUUGUCUACGUUUACGUUAAUAAACUGCACAUGGGUUCUACAAA